ACCGACUGCGGACAAAGCGGACACUCACUGACGGAGCCUCCUUGAUCAAAGACCCAGUUCAGAAGUAGAAACGUCACGCAAGAAAAGACAAAAAGGCUCCCUGAGCAUCUGAUUAAACCCUGUCAUCACUGGAUCAUUAUACAGGCCAGCCAACAAGAGACAGAGAUCAGGGAUGGGAGGGUCAAGCUCCAGUGAACAGGUGGCAGAGACUGAGACCCCGUCAUUCUUCACACAGGAAGAACUGAACAAACUGAAGUCUGAUUUUGAAACAGGUGGGGUGGGAAAAGUUAAACUACUGAUAGAGGAGAAAGUAACUGACCUGGAUAAAACAGAGCUUAACAUCGCAGUGACGGGUGAAUCAGGUACAGGAAAAUCUACCUUCAUCAAUGCCAUGAGAGGACUUCAGAGCGAUGAUCCAGGAGCAGCUGAAGUUGGGAACACAGAAACAACAAAGGAGCCAGCUGGGUACUCACAUCCCACUCUGCCCAAUGUUCGCUAUUGGGACCUGCCAGGGAUCAGAACCACAGCAUUUCCAGCAGCUGAAUAUCUCAGAAAAAUGAAUUUCAAAAGAUAUGAUUUCUUUAUCAUAAUCUCUGCUUUGCAAUUCAAAGAAAAUGAUGUUAAACUUGCCAAAGAGAUUAAUCGGCUGGGGAAAAUGUUCUAUUUUGUCCGCUCUAGGAUUGACAUCGAUCUUUAUUCCAUGAGGAAAGAGAGGGGGGUUAUUAAUGAAGAAGAAGAGCUGGCAAAGAUUCGGAGUGACACUGUCAGGAAGUUGACAGAGGCAGGGUUUCCAAAUCCAGCUGUGUUCCUGAUAUCCAGUUUAGAGCCGGAUCGUUUUGAUUUCAUUCGGUUAAAUGAAGGACUCGAAGGUGAUCUAAAUAAUGUAAAGAAAAGGAUCUUUGUCCUGGCCCUUCCAAAUCUAAGUGUGGAGGUAGUUCAGAGGAAAUAUGAGAUUCUGAAAAAACAUAUCUGGAUGUUUGCAACACUCUCUGGGGCAUUGGGAGCAGUCCCAGUUCCCGGCUUCUCUCUCGCUUGUGAUAUCGGAAUAUUGAUUGGAGCCAUUGUCCACUUCCGGAAAUGCCUGGGUCUGGAUGAUGCUUCUCUUCAAAGACUGGCCAAGAGAGCAGGAAAACCUGUGGAAGAGCUGAAGUCGACAGUGAAAGCUCCACUGCUGGGGGAAAUAACCCCAGAUGUAAUUAUGAGGUUAGGUUGGGGGGUUGCUGUUGUUACUGUUUCAGUCCUGGAAUUUGCUCUGGACUUUGUCCCUGUCAUUGGCUCCAUUUUUGGAGCAGGCUCAUCAUUUCUCAUGACGUACAAGAUGCUGAGUGAUGCACUGAAGGAUCUUACAGAGAAUGCAGAGAGUGUGGUGAAAGUUGCCUUUGAAACUGUUUAACUGAACUUUAAAAGUAUUGACCCAGUGAGUUUAUGUCACACCAUGCUUAAAAAUUUGAUGACAUCACAUCAAGCACCAAAUCAUGCUGUAAAUCUACUCAACAAUGUUCACUUCUGUAUGUGUUCCUGGAAAUAUCUUAUUCAUUACUGAAGGGGGUUGGGAGGGAGUUUCCAGUCAGUACCAUUUGGAAAACCAGUGCAAGAUUAACAGAGUGACUUUAUGAAAUAACAUUAAAAUUAAGCUAUAUGUGCAACUCUGAAGGCAGAUAAAGGAUGUACCUGAUAAACAUUGGCUUACAGAAUGCACAGCUGGUUGGUCUGCUAGGCAAUAAUCUUGCAUCACCUUGCAUUACUCAGCCAAUUACUUGUUUAAAAUAUAACAGCACAGGUAAAAUGAUAGCUGAUACUUGGGUGCAGUGCAUAAGUGUCUGUAUCAAUUGAGAUGUUAUAAAUCCUAGGUUGAAAUAUCAAGUGCCACCCUAACCACCUUACCAACCUCUGAUGUCAACUAUCGGGAAGAUUUUCCCAGCCUGUGUUCAGAGCUUAUCAACUGGUUCAGCUUCACUUACCAUCAAGAAAACCUACAAAUAAUUAAAACAAACAUUGUCAGAGAAUUUGGUCCAAAGCUCAAGGUAAGAUCUGAGAUCAAUGAAGCCUUCUCCACUUAGCUUUCAUUUAAAAUUGUCAAGCAAUAAUUGAUAAACUGUCUCUUCUGCAGGUUCUGUGAGUUUCACAUGAACACUUACCCAUACAGCACAGCAAGUCAGAAUUAUUCUCAGUAGUUUAUUAACUCUUGUUAGUAAAUCACCAUGGAAAAAGUAAGGAAUAAUGCAAAAUAUUGCAAGAUAACAGAAUAAAGGGGGGAUGUGUCGUGAUGACGUAGGAUCGAGACAUGGGAACACAGCUCUCCCGUUUUUAAAAACAAAUCAAAUAAAAAAUCAGUUAAUUAAUGUUUAAGUGAAGAAAAGUUAGCAAAUACUUUCUAAAAGUUACUUAUAAACUACUCCAGAUUGUUUCAAAAUAUGUCUCAUGAACAGAAGACGAAGAAAACUACUACCGUGAAGACAAUGCAAAUUGGAACAGAAUCAAGGCCCACUUCUGCCAAAGAACCGCAGGCUCAGGUACAUUUUACCUCCGGUGAUACAGAACAGGAAACUGCGGCAACAUCGACCAUUUCUAAAGAAAAAGACCAACAAGAACUGUGCAAACGUGAGCAACCUGAACUACAAAUCCCAGUUACUAUUGAAACCGGAAGUGAAAGUGAAUCUGAGGCAGAUUCAGAUUCUCUGGAAAAAUCAGAUGAAGAUAGAGGUAAAAGUUUUUCUGGAACUAUAGAAAAAAACUUUGAUGCAUAUAAUGCAUAAAUUAGAAAAAUUAAACACAUUAAAAGAAAUAAAAAAAUAACAUAUGGAGAUUGUUUGAUAAAAUGAUAAAGACAGGAAAAAAUGGAAAAGAGAAUUAUAGACUUGGAAGUUACAAUGGAAGACAUGGUUGAAAGAAUGAAUAAAAUGGAAGAUAAUCUCUCUGCCUGGACAUCAGAAAGAAAAUAAUUGUUGGAAAACGUGGAUAAGUUUGAAAAAUUUAGCAGACAAAGCAGUAUUAAGAUUGUUGGACAAAGAAAAUAUAGAAGGAGAAGAUCCAAUAAAGUUUUUUUCAAAAAUGGAUCCCUGAAAACUUGGAAAUGGAAGAAGCUCUAAUUGAGAUUGAAAGGGCUCACAGAGUCUUAAGAUCAAGACCUCAAGCUGAUCAAAAUCCGCAAUCAAUUUUGAUAAAAUGCUUAAGAUACCAAGAUAAAGAAAAGAUCCUGAAGGCGGCUGCCCAAUGUGCCAGAAAGAGAAAUGGGCCAUUGAUGAUAGAGGGGAAAGCAGUUCUUUUCUAUCCUGAUACAAGUUAUAAUUUUUUGAAGAGAAAGAAGGAAUUUAACCCAGUGAAAAAAGCUUUAUGGGAAAAGGGUUAUAAAUUCAUAAUGCGUCACCCAGCAACACUGAUAAAUUUUUUUGGAGGAUGGAAAAAAGAUUUUUUACCGAUUAUUGAGAAAAGGAGUUUGCACAAAAACUCCCAAGUAUUCGCUAACUAGAUAGAGAUUUCUAAGCGUCAUGGAUUAAAGAUGAAGACAUAGACAGUGAAUGGAAUUGAUGGAUAUUUAAGGAUGAUACAGGGGGAGAAAGGCAAAAUUUGUGAAAUAUUAAUAGCAAGUAGUAUUUUUUCUUUUUCUUCUCAUAUAUAUACUUUUAUAUGUCGCGAUGGAGCUGGUGGAGCUUUGGAUCAAUUGCUAUGGGAUUCACGUAUGUAAUCAUGGCGAUUGCCAUGACCUGUACAACAGAGGGGGGUAAUGUUGUGUUCUUUUUUAUCCACAUUAGUAGGGGGGGUAUUUUGUUUUUUUUAUAUAACCUAUUUUUCUUCUAUCUUUUUUUGCCUGGAUGAUCGGUGGGGACACAAAUAGCAACAUGGAGAAUUUUAAAAAGAUUCCCCAAGGUACCACGAAAGUUGACAGAUUAGGUAUUAUAGAUUGGAGUAACCCAAUUAAAAAUAAUGACUAAUUUACUAAAUUUUUCAAAGUUUUAAUGUUAAUGGGCUUAAUGGACCGGUGAAAAGAAAAAGAAUCUUAACACACAUUAACAAAAAUGAGAAUAGAUGUAGCUUUUGUACAAGAAACACUUAAUAGAGAAAGAAAAUCAGAAAUUAAAAAGAGAUUGGGUUGGAAAUGUUAUUGCAGCUUCACUUAACUCAAAAGCGAGAGGAGUUGCAAUUUUGGUUAAUAAAAAUUUACCAAUUAAAAUACAAAAUGUAUUAAUUGAUUCAGUGGGGAGAUAUGUAACUAUACAUGGUCAAAUUUUUUCAGAACUAUGGACUCUUAUGAAUAUUUAUGCACCAAAUGAAAAUGGUGUAAAAUUUAUACAAGAGAUCUUUUUGAAUUUGGCUAACGCACAUGACAAAAUAUUAAUAGGUGGAGAUUUUAACUUUUGUCUAGAUCCAGUUUUAGAUAGAUCAACAAAGGUUGUCACAAAAUCAAAAGUAGCAAAAUUAACUUUAUCAUUGAUGAAAGAUUUAAAUUUGAUUGAUAUAUGGAGAAGAAUUAACCCAAAAGUAAGAGAUUAUUCAUUUUAUUCAAAUAGACAUAAAACUUAUUCAAGGAUAGAUUUUUUCCUAUUAACAAUAAAUAUUCAAGACAGAGUAAAAAUAUGGAAUAUAAAGCAAGAAUAUUGUCAGAUCAUUCUCAUUUGAUAAUGAUAGAUAAAGAGGAAUCAAUUUAUAGAUGGAGACAAUUCAAUAUUACUAAAACAUCAAGAUUUUUGUGAUUUUAUGAAAGAGCAAAUUCAGUUUUUUUAGAUACAAAUUCACAUUCAGUUGAUGAACUUAUAUUGUGGGAAGCAAUGAAGGCAUAUUUGAGAGGUCAGAUAAUAAAUUAUACUUCUAAAAUUAAGAAGGAAUAUAUGAUAGAAAUAGAUCAAUUGGAAAAAGAGAUUACAAAAUUAGAAAAAGAAUCUCAAAAAUAUAUGACAGAAGAAAAACGAAGACAACUUGUUAUCAAGAAGUUACAAUAUAAUACACUUCAGACAUAUCGAACAGAAAAAGCAAUUAUGAGAACUAAACAGAGAUAUUAUGAACUAGGUGAAAGAUCACAUAAGGUUCUUGCUUGGCAGUUAAAAACAGACCAGACUUCUAAAACGAUAAAUGCAAUUUGAACAAGAGUAUAUAAAAUUACUUAUAAACCUUUAGAAAUUAAUGAACUUCUAAGAAUUUUUAUUCUGGACUGUAUAAAUCAGAAUCACAAAAUGAUAAUGUCAAGAUAGAAAGGUUUUUAUCACAAAUAACUCUACCGAAUUCAAGUUUGGAAGAACAGAAGGGAUUAGAUAUGCCUUUUACAUUAAAAGAGGUCAAAGAAGCUCUAGGAUCAUUUCAAAGUAAUAAAUCCCCAGGAGAAGAUGGUUUUCCGCCUGAUUUUAUAAAAAAAAAUUAAAGAUUUAUUAAUUCCUCCUUUUAUGGAGUAAAUACACCAAGCAGAAAGAACGCAUAAACUUCCAGAAUCUUUUAUGAUAGCUAUUUUAAUAGUAUUGCCAAAAAAAGGCGAUCUUUUAAAGCCAACAUCAUAUAGACCUAUUUCUUUGUUAAACACUGGCUAUAAAAUAAUAGCAAAAAUCUUAUCUAACAGAUUAUCUAAAUACUUAGCAAAAUUAAUACAUAUGGAUCAAACAGGAUUUAUUUAAAAAUAGACAAUCGGCAGGUAAUGUAACUUGGUUAUUUAGUAUAAUUCAUUUGGCUCAAAAGAGGGAAGAAAUGAGUGUGGCAGUUGCUUUAGAUGCAGAAAAAGCAUUUGAUAGAUUGGAAUGGGAUUUUUUAUUUAAGGUAUUGGAAAAAUAUGGAUUAGGAGUAUCCUUUAUAAAAUGGAUUAAAACCUUAAAUACUAAUCCCAAAGCUAAAGUAGUGACAAAUGGUCAAAUUUCAACACCAUUUCAGUUAACAAGGUCAACUAGGCAAGGUUGUCCAUUAUCACCUGCUUUAUUUGUGUUGGCGAUAGAACCAUUAGUUGAAUUAAUUAGAAUGGACCCAGAUAUUAAGGGUUUCAGAGUUAACCAGGAGGAGUACAAGAUUAAUUUAUUUGCUGAUGAUGUUCUGUUCAUUUAACAAACCCAUUGUACUCAUUGUGUAAAUUAUCCUAUAGAUUAGAAGAAUAUGGGAAAAUAUCAGGCUACAAAAUAAAUUGGGAUAAAAGUGAAAUUUUACCUCUUACUAAAGGAGAUUAUAGUCAAU